CGGUGUCUGUUCCUAGGGCUCCGGCUGGCGCAUCGGAAUCCUUAUCGUCAUGGGGACAAAGGCGAGAGUCCAAAGGAAACAGUUGCUUCUCUUCGUUUUGGCGACCCUGUGCCCCCUGGUGUCAAGCAAGGGUACAGUAUACACUAAUGAGCCUGUCGUCAAAGUCGCUGAGAAUCAAUUUGCCAGAUUGACUUGCAUCUACUCGGGCUUCUCCAAUCCCCGCGUGGAGUGGAAGUUUGUGCAAGGUGACACCACCAGCCUCGUUUGCUAUAACAACAAGAUCACAGCGUCCUAUGAGGGCCGAGUUACGUUCUCACCAAAUGACAUCACCAUCCAUUCUGUGACUCGGAAAGACAAUGGGAUGUAUACGUGUAUGGUCUCUGAGGACGGCGGCAACAACUACGGGGAGGUCAACGUGCAGCUGAUUGUGCUUGUGCCUCCAUCCAAGCCUACAGUCAGCAUUCCCACUUCUGUCACCAUUGGGAACCGGGUAGUGCUGACCUGCUCAGAGAAAGAUGGCUCCCCUCCCUCUGAAUACACCUGGUUCAGGAAUGGCGUAAUGAUGCCUACAGAACCCAAGAGCAACCGUGCCUUCAGCAACUCAUCUUAUACCCUGUUUCAAAAGACGGGAGAACUGAUCUUCGAACCCGUGUCAACCUUCGAUAGUGCAGCAUAUUCUUGUCAGGCACAGAAUGAAGUUGGGUUAUCAGCGAAGUCUGAAGUGGUACGCAUGGAAGCUGCGGAGCUGAAUGUGGGGGCCAUUGUGGCGGGUGUCCUUGUGACCCUGAUCCUCCUUGGGGUCCUGAUUUUUGGCAUCUGGUUUGCCUACAGCCACGGCUACUUUGAGAGAGCAAAGAAAAGUUCCCCGAGUAAGAAGGUGAUUUACAGCCAGUCCACUGCACGAAGUGAAGGGGAGUUCAAACAGACGUCUUCAUUCCUGGUGUGACCCUGGCCGGCUCAUCGCUCAUCCUCUGUGCUUGCCCUCCUCAGGUGCUACCAGGCCUUGGCCCUGGUCUUAGUGGCACAGGAUGCCUUUUUGUGUCCUCUAGCCCCCUUCCGGAGCCCCACCGCUAGCUUCCUUUGUAGCUUUUUAAAUACUGUCAGGUCUGGGCCUCUUCCUCCUACACUCCCGCCCCACCCUCCUUACCUGCCCCUGCUGAGGGGCCUGGGACUUGUGUCAAGAUUCAGCCCCAACCUCAUGUGGAGUCAGGCCAGCGUCCCGAAAGCUGGGUGCUUGCUGACUUCCCUUCUCAGUAGGUAGUAAGAGUGGCCAGGAAGGCAGAAAUAUGUGCGGUCACUGUCUACUUAGAGUGUUGUAGGCUCAGAAUAAGGACCGCGAGCCUUGUUUCUGAGCUCUCUUCUCCAGCACUGAGCGGUUCUGAGUGGAGGUCGAGGACUUCCGCUGCUGACGGGGUGGUCUGCUGAUGGCGGCAUCAGGUCUUCCCCGCCUCUGGAGCCCACUCUCUUCUGUCUUCUCAUGGGAAGUGCCACGGGACCCUCCUGCACCGUCCUCCUCCUGAACACAGACAGACCGACAACAGAUCGUGUCUGUGGGGAAAACUGGAACUGUUAUUGGAAUGCAAAGUGAGCUUUCAGGGAAGGUGAAGUGGAAGCGUUUUAAAACCAUUGGUCUACAGAAAACAAAGCUGAAGCUUGUAGCACAGACCUUCCCUGGCCCGAAACCAUUGGACCAGACCUGGGAUAGACAUGUCUGUUGGUGUGUGUGUGUGUGUGUGUGUGGUCUUAGCUGUGUGCUGAGAUGUGGUUGUGUGUGUUUGUAUGUCCCUGGAUGGUGCUGGAAAUAAAAAUGAUUUGUCAAAGAUUCUUGUUGGGAGGAACAGCGGAAGUGAGUUCUUUGAGUUGUACUGCUUUCCUUCUUUGUAUAAACCGGACAAUGCCUACUGGGCUGGUCCCAACUCUCUGCCUUGCCUCCUGGUGCUGCCCUUCCCCGGUUUGUAUUUCAGGGCAGAGUUUCAGCAUCCUCUGUUGGCCAGGCCUUCCCUCGUUGGAGGUGGGAACCCAGAGUGAAACUGAUGCUGUGUUCUGGGACUCUGCUUGCCCUGUCCCUCUGAGUAAGAAGAGGGCGCCUUCUCUCUACCUCUUGCCCAAAUGUAUUGGUGGAUGUCUCUAAUGCAACAGGAAAAAGUGCUCCCAAGCCUGAGGCAGGGAGGAACUUCUGUAAGGGGGUCGGUGUUUGAGGUGGGUGGGCUCUGUAAAAGAGGGCCCCACUAAGCAGGCUGUUGACAGUCAUUACUUUUCCUUCUUCCCAUUUGGACCCUUCUUUGCCCCUAACCUUCUGUACUCCCACCCACUACAAUCUCUCAACACAUUUCCAAAUCUACGUAUGAGAUGGCAAGAGGGCAGGGAAGGGGUCCUGGUGGGUUGGUCUUGGCUCUGUGGAGGAUAUUCAUGUGCCACAUAGCAUAAUCUACUCCCGACCUGGACGUUCCUACAGGCCCUGGGGAUUCUCUUAUCCUUCUAGCAAGGAUCUAAAAAGAACAACAACCAAAGCAAACCAUCAGUAAAGGUCACGCACCACUACAUUUUCCAGAGGGAAGUAAAAUCCAAUUAAACAAUGCAAGUGGAGAUUGUGAAAUGGUUCGUUUUUUGAAGUAUGUUUCGGUUUUGUUUCUUGGUUGGAGGAUGUGUGGGGGGUGUGGAGAAAGGGCCCCUGGGGAGCAGAGGUGACCCAUCGCCCUCUGAGUGAGGUGAGUGGCUCCUUAUUCUAGGUAGCUUGUGAUGAAUCUGCUAUCACCAGCCUUGGAAUUUACCACAUACCACACCCCUUUCCCCAGCUUCACAGCCCCUUUGAGUUGGAAACAACCUGUCUGCUUUCAUUUUAGACUGUAAAACUAAUUUUUUGUAAUAAAUGUUUAUUUUCCACA